AAACCCGUCGUCGUCUCGGGGAAGGAGAUGGCGAGAACCCAUUCCCUUCUCCUCCUCCUCCUCCUUCGUCGCAUUCUGUAAACGGCAAUAUAAUCCCGUCUUGUUGCGGGUUUGAAUUCCUCCCCCGGCUAUUAUCACCUGAACGCACUUUUUUGCUGCGCACGUGAGGCUUCUUGUCUUCGAAGUUGGUUACAAUUUGAGUGAAGCAUUUAAGGGAAGGAAAGGGAAGCGGAGGGAGGGAGGUGGUGGAGCGGAGAGUGAGCGGCGAUGGCAGAUUUCACGACGUCCUCGCACCGGAAGCGGUGGAUCCUCAAUCCUCAUGACUUGACUAGAAAGUAUGAAGCUGCAAAUCAACGAGCAGUGGAUGCUCUGCAGAAGUGUGGCGCAACUAGAGUUGAAAUUCAAUCCGAUGGGAGCUUGAUAUACCCCGGUGGUUCUGGAGGAGGAGAAAAUGGAAGGAGAGAAUCUUUACCAGAGCAUCUAUCCAUUGAAGAGGAGCUUCUUGUUAAAAGAUACUAUGAGGGUAAAAUUCAGGAAGUUUGUGCAGCUUUAAGACUUCCAAACAAAAUUCAGGCAACAGCUAUAAUAUACUUCAAGAGAUUUUAUCUACAAUGGUCUAUCAUGGAGCACGACCACAAGAAUAUCCUGCUCACGUGUAUAUACUUGGCAUGUAAGGUAGAGGAGUCCCAUGUUUCUGCUGAGGAAUUGGGAAAGGGUAUUCAACAAGAUCCACAAGUGGUUCUCAAGAAUGAGAUGAUUGUGUUACAAGCAUUAGAGUUUGAGCUCAUUGUUUAUCCUCCUUAUCGCUCAAUGGAGGGCUUCAUUUACGACUUAGAGACCUUUGUGCAAGGGAUGGGUUCAACUGGCUUGAAAGCAUUACAGUGCGAGGCUUUGGAAGCCUUCAGCUAUCUGAAGGAGUUACGAGUAGCUGCUGGAUCUGUUGUGAAUAACAUGAUGCUCACAGAUGCUCCUUUGCUUUAUCCUCCAGGCCAGGUGUGACAACAAUGAAUCAAUCAGGUUCUUGGAGUAGUAAUCUUUUAGAAGUCUCAAGUAUUCUGGCGAUCAGGAACAUUUGGAUAUGGAUGUUAAGAAGUGACUCGUUGAUGGAAUCGAGAUGCUUGUAUUACUCCUUUAUCAGUACUUAACCUUCUCGCUUAAAAAAGGAGUCUUUCGCAGAUGAGUAGUAUCAACCUGUUGUAUUUGAACAUCCUUCAUCAAUCUUGUGACGCACGAACUGUUGGAUGCAUCAUGAAAUCGAAGUUGCAGCUUAUAUGUAGUGGCAUAACCAAUUCUUGAUUUUAAAAUAAAUCAUUUUGUCCAGAUACCUCCAAGCCCUACCGGAACAGAAAAGGUUGCAGCUUUCAUACGCCGAGUUGAUUGCCAAGCUUGACGCCAUUGAAUUUCUGGUUAAGUGAACUGAACAACCCGUAGAAGCAGAAGUGAGGAAAAUCGAUCGCAAGUUGAAGUAUUGCAGAAAUCCAAGUUUGCAGGAUGAGGCUAAGGCCAAACGGAAGAUCAAGAAAAGCAACAAGCGACCACCCAGUGACGUUGCAAUGACCAAUGCCACUGAUGAGCCCCUAGAACUUAAUGUGGCACACGAUGUCAAAAGAAGGCAGACUGCUGGAGAUGCAGUGAUAUAGGCAUGGAGCUCUGGGGAUGGAGUGUCGAAAUCCUGGUCAUUGUUUUCAACGUACGAAAGUCUGCACAAUCGAAGGUUAUUGGGAACGGUAUUGUUGUUUUCAAGAGAGGAUUGCCUGUGAGCUGGGUGAGGGUAAUGAUUUUCCCCUUCUCAAUUGUGGUUAGCUAAUUAUGCAAAUACAGGUACUGCUAAGUGCAGAAGCUGCUUUUUGCUUGAUAGCAGUCGCCUUCAUCUCGAGGGUUGUGCUUGAUCGAUUGUUCACUGGCAAUUGUUUCUGGAUGCAAUUUGAUGGAUUGGCGAAUUUCCACGUUCAGAAAGGUUUGAUAGAAUCAAGGUAACCGUUAAAUGUGGACGCACCAGUUUCCAUGAUUUUCAAUAGACUUUCAGGAGUUACGAUUGAAUGCAAACUUGUCGCUGAUAUGGGAAAAGUUUCGUUCUCCUAGA